UUCAGGCCAGGCCGGUCACCACUCAGCACCCGCAGGCCUGGCUCCUCCACAGCCGAGCCUCCCAAUCCCUCGGCACAUCCCAUCGGAAGGCAAGAUCGUGACUCAAAGACUAGCAACAACCAAGAGAAAACCCAGAGAUGGAAGCAGAUGAGGCCACAGAAGAGAUUGAUACCACCAUGGAUGCAGAACAGCACCCCUCUUCAAAAGACCCUUCUAUGGAAGACUUGCAGGAGUUCCCCUUGGAACCUUCUAUCUCAGAGGCCACAGUAGAGCCUCAGGCCUCUCAGGACAUUACUAUGGCAUCCCCUUCCCAGAUCCCUUUAGAGCUCCACCUCUCUGAGACCCCUUUGGUGCCAUCUACUUCCCAGAGCCCCUUGGAGCCCCAUGCUUCUGGGUCUCCCUUGGAGCCCAUCACCUCUCACAUCUCUUCAGAACAGUCUGAGACCCCUCCCUUACCACUCACUUCCCAGAGCCCUUUGAAACCUCAUGCUUCUGGGUCUCCCUUGGAGCCCACCACCUCUCACAUCUCUUUACAACAGGGCAUCUCUGAAACCUCUUCCAUACCACCCACUUCCCAGAGCCCUUUGAAACCCUAUGCUUCUGGGUCUCCCUCGGAGCCCACUACCUCUCAUGUCUCUUUACAACAGGAUGUCUCUGAGACCCCUCCCAUACUACCUACUUCCCAGAGCCCCUUGGAGCCCACCACCUCUCACAUCUCUCUACAACAGGAUGUCUCUGAGACCCCUCCCAUACCACCCAUUUCCCAGAGCUCCUUGGAACUCCAUGCUUCUGGGUCUCCCUCGGAGCCCACCACCUCUCACAUCUCUUUACAACAGGAUGUCUCUGAGACCCCUCCCAUACCACCUACUUCCCAGAGCCCCUUGGUACUCCAUGCUUCUGGGUCUCCCUUGGAGCCUACCAUCUCUCUACAACAGGAUGUCUCUGAGACCCCUUUGAAGCCCCCUACUUCUGAGAUCCUCCUGGGGACUCAGAGCUCUGAAGUCCCAGAAAAACACCUUUCCUUUCAGCCUUCAUCCUUAAGUCUUGCCUCUGGGUCUUCCUCUGGUGUUUUGGAGGAAGACCUCUCUGAGCCUUCUUCCAGUGAGAGCUCACACACAAGGAGGGCCACCCAGGUCCCUGAAGUUGAAUACCUUCCAGAACACUCCCUUCGGGGCCCCUCAGCCCAUUUCUCUGUGGACAUAUCUGCCAAGCUGAGGGAAGAGGAAGAUGCAGAAGAGGAGGAGGAGGAAGUGGAUACCAGUGACAUCACUGUUCACCCGGGCCAGCCUGAACACCAGCUGAGCAAGAAGAAGGCCAGGAGAGACAUUGUCUGCCACUCUGUGGACCCUGCUACUGAGGCAGAGUUGGUGGAAGCAGCUAACACAAUGCAAAGAGAGCAAUUUGGUACUCAGGUGAAUUAUAUUUUCCAAUGGGAGAAGAAUACAGCCCUGAAUGCCAUCCAGUCAGGCCUGUACAUUGGCUGGCGAUGCCCCCACUAUCUGUGGGAUUGUUUCCGGAUCAGAGAUGAGUCCAAGUGCUUUUGUGGACACUUGCUGAGAGAGCACCAUAUCAUGUCAGACAUAUCUGUGCCCUGCCGUGUGAGCCAGUGCCGCUGCCUCAUGUUCUGCUUUAUCCCGUCACGCCCCGAGGAGGUGGGUGAGUUCUGGCUCAAGAGACGGGCCACAUUUGACCCCAAGGCCUGGAGAGCGCAUUGUCGCUGCAAACACAGCCAUGAAGACCACGCGGCCAUGGGGCCCCAUCCCUGCCGACAUCACGGCUGUUGCUGUAGCUGUUUUGAGUCUAAUUUCCUGUGUGCGGCCUGUGACCGGCGCUGGGAGGAGCAUGAGACCUUCUUCGAGACUGAGGAGACUCGGCGGCGGAGAGGGAGACCUCAUGGGUCACACGCUGUCAGCAGCUGGCACAGACCGAUAUGAGCCCCGCCCAAACUAGCAAUAAAGGGAAACCACUGGAAUCUGA